CCUUAGUCAUGGAUCGCCAUUGGAGGGGAUUACCGUAUUCCAUGAUUCUUCCACGCGACCUGCCCUGGUCAAGGGCGUACCCAGCUUGAGUAGAUGCGCUGCAUCUCUGCAUGGCUGCCGUGGCGUCCGGAGGGAAGACCGGAGGCAUCUCGAUUCAACAUCGGGGAGACUCAGAAGAUAGUACUUAAUGCACCUCGCCCUGGGAAGGUUGUUCUUGUAGGCUUCAUUGUUUUUCCAUCGCUGUUAUUGAUCUUUCGCUCAUUUAUCACUUUCGUUGACUUCCAACAUGGACAAACUCGCGUCUUUCGUACUUGCGAGCCUGCUUUUAGGAGCCCAAUCUGCUCUUGCCAUUCCUACCGAGGCCACUACCAAAGCGUGUAAAGAUAUCAGUAACGCUCUUCCUGGCAAAGUCUUGACCCCUGGGCUUCUCAAGCUUGAAUAUGAGCAUGAGACGCAGCAGUACUGGGCUACAAAUCUCCGCGAAGUCGACCCUGCAUGUAUUGUUCAGCCAGAGUCUGCUCAGGAUGUAUCCAUCGCUAUCAAGAUCCUGAACAAGUACCCUACUGUUAAGCUUGCAACUCGAAGUGGAGGGCACGACCCAAACACGAAUCAUGCUGCUGUUCAAGACGGCGUUCUCAUCACUAUGACCAGUCUAGUUGGAGCGACGUACGAUGCAGCAGAGGACGUUGCCUAUGUUCGCCCUGGUGGUGAGUGGAACGAUGUUAUUGGUGAUCUAGAGAAGAGUGGAGUGGCUAUUGCUGGAGGAAGGCUUGGUCUCGUCGGUGUCGGCGGGUUGCUUUUGGGUGGAGGUUUAUCGUUCCUUGGUGCUCAAGAAGGCCUCGCUGCUGAUAACAUCGUCGAAUGGGAGACCGUCAUGGCCAACGGAUCCAUUGUUAACGUCAACGCUGCGAAACAUCCUGAUCUUGCGCAAGCCAUGCGUGGUUCCGGAAGCCAAUUUGGUAUUGUCACCCAGUUCAAGGCCAAGGUCCAUCAUAUGGGCGACGUAUGGGGCGGUUCUUGCAUAUAUGACGAGUCAAAAUCCGAAGCACUUUACGUUGCUUUGCACAACUUCAUAGCCCAUGGUGCCGAAGAUCCCAAGGCCGCCAUUAUCUUUUCGGACCUUGUGCUCGCAGCCGGGCUCAAGACGAAACUUGUCUUCUACUUUUACGACAGCCCCACGCCGCCUACGUCGGGCCCUUUUGCCGACUUCUUCAAGAUCCUCAACCCGCUAUGUCUGCCCAAGAAACAAAAGUACUCUGAGCUGCUGAGGGCGAACGGCGAACCCGUCCGACUUUUGAACUCCCGUUCAUUCUUCCGAACUUACACCGUUCCAUAUAUCCCAUCCCGUCCCCAGAUGUACAGGGAGAUUCGUGAUAAGCUCGCUGAGCUCACUGGUGUCUUCCUCAACACACUCCCCGUCGUUCGCGCCGUCCAGUUCAGCGUUGACUUCCAGCCACUUCCGUCUCGCUUUGGCAAGACUUCCGAAUCCAAGGGCGGAAAUGCCAUGGGUCUUUCGUCUUCCGACCCUGACCGCAUUAUCCUUAUUUACCAAGGCGCCUGGAACUUGCCCACGGACGAUCCUCUUGCUUUCGGUAUCGCCAGAGAGCUGACGGCUUGGUUGGACAAGGUUGUGCCUCAAUGGAUAGCAGAGGCGGGAAUGCCAACCGACAUGUACAUGCCGUUAUUCCUCAACGAUGCUAUGUGGGAUCAGCCAGUCAUGCAGAGUUACAAGGACUAUGAGAAGUUCAAGACAUUGCAGAAGAGUGUAGACCCGAACGGAUUAUGGAGUACUAGGGCAGGUGGCUUCAAGUACUAGGUUCUUGUCGUCAGCGUCAGUCCUUUGUAGGACGUUUCAGAGCUGGGGUCCAUCUCUUAAUACGUUAUCUUGAUUUUAUCUGCACAUAAACCGCUCAAAAAAUUAUAUUCUUCUAGCCAAACAGGAAGGUGUUCUUCAUUUAGCGGGGUCCACUAUGGUGAAAGCGGGGUAGCUACACCUAGAUGUCUGACUGCACCACUAUGGUUGCCUGGCUUGACAAAACUACAAAGCUUGGUCAUACUGUUGCGUAUCGUAUUUGCAGUUGCUAGUUACUACACCACAAGCAUGGCUCAAGCACCUCAUGUCACCGGCUAUGAACACGAAGACGCCUGGGAUGUGGAUUGGCUGCGCGUCGACGAUAUCCAUGAACUACACUAUCAACAGUUUGGCAAGAAGGAUGGAAAGCC